GGGGCGGGGUGGGGGGCGCGGGUGUCACCGCUGCGGGUCAAGUCCGGUCCCGGUUCCCGGUGUCUUGGCCGGGGAGCGGCCCCGGUGCGCUGCUGCUUUCGCGCCAGUGCCUUUCUGCCGCGCGGCGCGGUUACAGCUCGAGCCUUAAAAAAGAAUAUUGUUGUUCUGUUUGUGGUGGGUUUUUUUUUAUAUAUAUUUUUAUUCCUUUUAUUUAUUUACUUAUUUUAACUCUGGCUAUUCCUGUUGCAAAAGCUUCCCCCCCGGCCAUCUCUGUGGCUCAGCUUUCCAGGCUAGAAAGCCCCAGAAGUAAUACUUAAAACCGAGCUAAUUCUCGCAUUAUGCAGCAGAGUUGGCUAGCCUGUCUUGAAAGGAGAUGAGUUUGCUGGGAGCAUGGGAGGCAGAGUACCACCUGCUCCAGCCAAUGCCUCCACACAGGAGACAAAUAAGGGCAAAGCAGAGGAACAGCCAGAGGAGCCAGCUAAAUCGCCUGAACCAGAAAGUGAAGAGAGUGACCUCGAAAUUGACAACGAGGGGGUGAUUGAACCAGACAAUGAUGACCCUCAAGAAAUGGGAGAUGAAAAUGUGGAGGUAACUGAAGAGAUGAUGGAUCAAGCUAAUGAGAAGAAGAUUGAAGCGAUGAAUGCUCUAAGUGAAGGUGAACUUCAGAAGGCUGUCGACUUGUUCACGGAUGCCAUCAAGCUGAAUCCUUGUUUGGCCAUCUUAUAUGCCAAGAGGGCAAGUGUUUUUGUGAAACUACAGAAGCCAAAUGCUGCCAUUAGAGACUGUGACAGAGCCAUCAAGAUUAAUCCUGAUUCGGCACAGACCUACAAAUGGAGGGGGAAAGCACAUAGGCUUCUGGGUCACUGGGAGGAGGCCGCUCAUGAUCUUGCACUUGCUUGUAAACUGGAUUAUGAUGAGGAUGCUAGCGCUAUGCUGAAGGAGGUGCAGCCGAGAGCUCAGAAAAUUGCAGAACAUCGCCGAAAAUAUGAGCGGAAGCGUGAAGAAAAGGAAAUCAAGGAAAGAAUGGAAAGGGUGAAGAAGGCACGGGAGGAACACGAGAAAGCACAAAGGGAGGAAGAAGCAAGACGACAGGCAGGAGGAGCUCAGUUUGGUGGUUUCCCAGGUGGCUUCCCAGGUGGAUUUCCCGGGGCUAUGCCUGGAGGUAUGCCAGGUCUCAAUGAGAUUCUCAGUGACCCAGAAGUCCUUGUGGCCAUGCAGGAUCCAGAAAUUAUGACUGCGUUCCAAGAUAUUCUCCAGAAUCCUGCAAAUAUGUCCAAGUACCAGAACAAACCCGAGGUCAUGAAUCUCAUCAGUAAAUUGUCUGCUAAAUUUGCCAGUAAACCAUAAAAUCCCUGGUUCCUAAAAAUCAUAUCUGAAUGGAGAGGGUUGGAUUUGGCUAACCAGUGUUGCAAUAAAACCAUUGUACCUCUGAUCUUCUGAAGAAGAGAAAUGGAGUGUUCUAAGGACAACUGCUUUCUAGUCCCAAGCAUUGACUUGGUUCAAUGAUUGGCUUAUCACACUCAGAUUAUAUUCAGAUGACCUAGUUUCAACCAUCUCUCCUUGUCCGAGAGUUGCAACCUCCUAUUAUAAGUAUUACAGUUUCCUUCGAAUGAACACUUCUGUAAGAAAUUAUAAUAUUCCAGGAGUGUAAGAUAAAAACCUGCUGUUCUGUUGUUUUGUUUUGGUUUUUGUUUUGUUUUUUUAAAUUACUCUCAGUGAGCAAAGAGGAAGGAACUUUAACAGUUGAAGUCCGUUUUAAUCCCCUUAGGACAGAAAAGUUGGCCUAGUCACAAAUAUCAAAGGUGGGACAAGUCUGAAGAAUUAACUGGAUAAAGUAAUUGUCUGCUGCAAAUACAAGUCCUUAUUUUCUUUUUAAAUGGAUGACUGACUUUAUAUAGCUAUUAAAAUUAUCAGUACAACCAUGCUAGCUAGUUACACACUGGAAGUUCUGCAAAUAAUGUAAUAUUUUUAUCACCACAACUGUGCAGCAAAGGUGUAAUCCUAUCCUUUGCAUAACCUGGCAUGAAGUAUUCAUUGUAGAGGCCACAGAAGUUUUGUUACUUGCUCAAUACUUGUCCAGCACCUUUACGUAACAUUUUAUUUAUCACUCUGGGUAUGGGAAAGCAGCUUUACUGUCUGUGCUUGUGCUCUUGUUCUUUCCCAGUUGGCAGGUCCUCAGCUGGUUGCACUUGCCCUUCCUUGGGGCCGUGCUUACCAGGUUUCAUCUAUUUGGAAACUUUAGGGAAGGAAUCUUGUUCCCAUCACUACCUCUGUCCCACUGAAAUGCAAGCCAUGCAGAACAUGUAAAUGCAGAGUUACAAAUUGGUGAAGGGGAGAAUACCCAAAAAAAUUGCAGCUCUGGGUUCUGAAUCGGUUUGAGUCCUUACAUGGUUAUUGAUUAAAAUUUCUCAGCCAAAGUCCCACUGUCUGUUUAGAGGUGAUGGCUCUUCCUUUGCUGCAUACUGUAGUCUUCCACCUAUUCUUGUAUCCCUUUCUUUAAAAAAAAAACAGCUGCUGUUGGUUCAUACUUCCAUGGUUUUGAGGCUUGUGAUAUGGAAGAGAAGGUGAAGUAACUGGAGCAGACAAAACAUUCUUCUAACACUUGCAGAUUAACAGCAUGGGUGUUCUUGAAGCAGUGUCUGUGCUGCUGAUGUUCAGUUUGUCUGCCAGUGAAGACAGUUGUUGCUUCCGUUUGUCUUAGAUAAAACAUCAUCUUUCUGUGGGAAAAUUACCAUAGUUACCUUUUCACCACUUGAGUCUCAGCAUUUGUGUUCCUGUUUUCUAAUUCUGUAUCUUAAGUCAUAACUGAUGUUACCAUUUUAAAAUAUAUUUGGAUUGGUGUAGGAACUCAACAACAGUUGCAAAAAAUAAAUCCCCAAAUGCUUUUUCUCAAACUAAUGACCCUGCAGAAUGAAAUGUGAAUCUUUUUGCUUAAGAAAUAUAGUUCUGAAUACUUCUCUCAGCCUUUAAAAAUAAAGUAUGGUUUUGAAAAAUAAA